AUGUCAAGUGGCGGAAAUACUCAUUGGUGCCACCAAUGCAGGCAGCCAGUUCGGCUUCAUGGUCGUAAUUUUACUUGUUUAUAUUGUGAUGGAGGUUUUGUACAAGAGCUUCAUGAGGUCGUGGGUGCUCAACAGCAGGGUUUCGUUGGAUCUCAUUCAGAAAAUACAUCUGAUUUUGGAGCGGUGGAACCUUUCCAUGAUCCAAGAUUUGGGAUCAUGGAUGCAUUUGCAGCACUUAUGAGGCAGAGAAUGUCUGGGAGAAACCCAACCUUUGACAUUAGGACGCGAUCAGGCUUGAAUCCUGAAAACGGUGUUGCCUUCGGUUCUGGACCUUCUGGUCCAUGGUUCAUGGUUCAUGGGCAAUCACCCGCCAGCAUGUUUGAUAGUGAUGCAUUUGAGUCCUUUCUCAAUGGAAACCAUAGAAUGGGGCAGCGUGGAGCUAAUUUUGGUGAUAUUUUUAUGGGGCCUGGACUGCAAGAAUUGAUUGAGCAGCUUACCAUGAAUGAUAGGCAGGGCCCACCUCCGGCACCUCGUUCUGCAAUUGAUGCUAUGCCCACUAUUAAAAUUACUCAGAGGCAUCUUAGUACUGAUUCUCACUGCCCAGUUUGUCAAGAUAAAUUUGAGUUGGGUACUGAAGCUAGGCAGAUGCCAUGUAAACAUAUUUACCAUUCUGAUUGCAUUACUCCUUGGUUGGUUCAACACAACUCCUGUCCUGUUUGCCGUCUCGAGCUGCCUUCACAGGGUUCUGGAAGUGCUCGUCCCAACUGGAAUUCGAGAACUGGGAAUGCAAGUGGCAGCAAUAGUGCACACAACAGUGGGAGAGAAAAUGUGCAACAUCAGGGAAGAAGGAAUCCAUUCUCAUUCUUGUGGCCUUUCUGA